AUGGCAAAACUUCAUCUUCUAGUGAUAGCAUUUUCUCUGCUUGCAGGCGCUAUCGAAACACCGCAUCGCCGAACAUACCUCUAUGUCGGAGGCAAUUACACCCUCAACAACGAUGGAGAACACACCUUCACCAACCAGAUGUACGUCGAACGGCUUACUCCUGUCGAUGGCCCGCGUAAAAAGUAUCCGAUUGUGUUUAUCCAUGGAGCCGAUCAAACAGCAACGAACUGGCUGAACAAACCCGACGGAGGCGAAGGAUGGGCAUCUUAUUUUCUCUCCCAAGGCUACGAAUGCUACUUGCUCGAUCACACCUCCCGCGGCAGGAGUCCAUGGGAUAUCAAAAACGGACAGCUGAGGAAAUACAGCGCCGAGCAUCUGCAGAAGUUUUUUACUGCCACGGCGAAAUACAACCUCUGGCCACAGGCGAGUCUUCACACCCAGUGGCCCGGAACGGGUGUUAUGGGCGAUUCCAUAUUCGAUGCGUAUUACGCAUCUACUGUUCCUUCGCUCGCUGAGAACGCUGCUCAAGAGGCCUCCAUGCAGCCUGCUGGCGCUGCAUUGCUAGACGCCAUCGGCAAGCCGGUGAUACUUGUCGCUCAUUCCCAGGGAGGAUCGAUGGCUUGGGUUACGGCGGAUAGGAAACCGGAUCUGGUGCAUUCCAUCGUAUCAAUUGAACCGUCCGGUCCGCCAUUUCAAAAUGCAGUUUUUGGGAGUGGACCAGCCCGUCCGUACGGAUUGACUGAUAUACCGCUCACGUAUUCUCCCGCAGUGACUGAGCCAGACGCGGACUUUGUUAAACAAACGAUCAAAUCCAACUCCAGUGCCACGUCAGAUUGCGUGAUCCAGGCCGAUGACCCUCCGCCUCGACGGCUCGCCAACCUGUCUAAAAUUCGGACAUUGGUCGUUACAAGCGAAGCAUCGUAUCAUGCCACGCACGACUGGUGCACUGCUCGAUUUCUGCAACAAGCCGGAGUUCCAACAACGCACCUGCAGCUAGAGGAGCUCGGCAUCCAUGGCAACGGGCAUAUGAUGUUCCUGGAGAAGAACAGCGACCAAGUGGUCCGAGCGAUACACAAUUGGAUCGAGGAGCCGGUCUCUUCAUGA